AGCGCGCUUUACGGCCGCGGGGACGGAGCGAGCCGGUGCCAGGGCCCCUCCGGCCCGGAAACAGGACAGGCGGGCGAGGUUGAUGCCCGGCGGGGGGGCGAGCGCGGCGUGUGGCCGUCUUCUUACCGCCGCGGAGCAAAGGGGGCCCCGGGAAGCGGUGGGGUCGGUGUCUAGGAGCGGGCCAGGAGGCUCCGGCUCCGGCGGCGGCAGAGGCGGAGCGGGUGGCCCCGGGCCGGGUUGUGGAGGCCCGGGGGGCCCUGCGUGCAGGAUGAGCCUGACCCCGAAGGAGCUUUCAAGCCUGCUGAGCAUCAUCUCGGAGGAGGCGGGCGGCGGCAGCACCUUCGAGGGCCUGUCCACCGCCUUCCACCACUACUUCAGCAAGGCCGACCACUUCCGCCUGGGCUCGGUGCUCGUCAUGCUGCUGCAGCAGCCGGACCUGCUGCCCAGCGCGGCGCAGCGCCUCACGGCGCUCUACCUGCUCUGGGAGAUGUACCGCACCGAGCCGCUCGCCGCCAACCCCUUCGCCGCCAGCUUCGCGCACCUGCUCAACCCCGCGCCGCCCGCCCGCGGCGGCCAGGAGCCCGACCGGCCGCCGCUCUCAGGAUUUUUACCUCCUAUAACUCCACCAGAAAAGUUUUUUCUUUCCCAGCUGAUGCUGGCACCUCCACGGGAACUCUUCAAAAAGACACCGCGACAGAUUGCCUUGAUGGACGUCGGAAACAUGGGCCAGGCUGUGGACAUUAGCGGGCUUCAGCUAGCCCUGGCUGAACGCCAGUCUGAAUUGCCAACUCAAAGUAAGGCCAGCUUCCCUAGCAUUCUCAGUGACCCAGACCCGGAUUCUUCUAAUUCUGGAUUUGACAGCUCCGUUGCCUCUCAGAUCACGGAAGCUUUAGUCAGUGGACCAAAGCCACCUAUUGAAAGCCAUUUCCGGCCGGAGUUUAUCCGUCCACCACCUCCGCUCCACGUGUGUGAGGAUGAGCUGGCUUGGCUCAAUCCAACCGAGCCCGACCACGCGAUUCAGUGGGACAAGUCAAUGUGUGUGAAGAACAGCACUGGCGUGGAGAUCAAGCGAAUAAUGGCCAAAGCCUUCAAAAGCCCCUUAUCUUCUCCUCAACAGACACAGCUCCUUGGAGAGUUGGAAAAGGACCCCAAACUCGUUUAUCAUAUUGGCCUCACUCCAGCCAAGCUUCCUGACCUAGUGGAAAACAACCCUCUGGUCGCUAUAGAAAUGUUGCUGAAGUUAAUGCAGUCAAGCCAGAUCACUGAGUAUUUUUCGGUUCUGGUCAAUAUGGACAUGUCAUUACAUUCAAUGGAAGUUGUAAACCGACUAACUACAGCUGUUGAUCUACCUCCUGAAUUUAUUCAUCUUUAUAUAUCAAAUUGCAUUUCUACCUGUGAACAAAUUAAGGAUAAAUAUAUGCAGAAUCGUCUGGUGCGUCUCGUGUGUGUCUUUCUCCAGUCCUUGAUCCGAAACAAAAUCAUCAACGUGCAGGACUUGUUUAUAGAAGUGCAGGCCUUCUGUAUUGAGUUCAGCAGGAUACGAGAAGCUGCAGGCCUCUUCCGGUUGUUGAAGACCUUGGACACUGGGGAGACACCUUCUGAGACCAAGAUGUCCAAGUGAUACCUCGUCGGGACCACCUGUUCAUCGUUCAGCUAUGCUGUGCUUUUCAUUUUUAAAACUGUUCAGACCUUGAGUGAUUGCUUGGCUUAAUGCGUAUAAACACCACUUUAUCCACUUAAAGCAAAGUUUUGCUUUCCUGGAUGACUUUUUCUUUUAGAUGAAUUUUUGGUAAGAACUUGGACGAAUGUGUCUUGUAGGUGUCUUGCUGAUGAUUAUCCACUGGGGACAUCAUCCCAAACGAAGUCACUGCACAAAGUCGAUGAGGUCUUUAGCACUGAAGAGCAAGGUGCCUGUUUUUGCUUAAGAUGUAAGUCACGGGCUUCAGAUAAGUCACGGGCUUCAGAUAAGGCAAGAAUACCGUUUUCCUGAGGUUCCAACGUUGCAAGUUUCUAGUGAGAGUAAACUGAAGACACUCUUAAGAACCUGCCUUACUGCCCCUGAGGUCUUGAAUCAUCAUCACGUGACGGUAUUCUGACCCUUGAACUUCUCACUGGGUGCAGUGUGAGCCUCGGACACCCGUGUACCUUAUCCUUUCUUGUCAUGGGGACCUAAGAGACAACAGCGGGCUGCCUACAGACGUGGGAAUUCUUAGAAACCUAUUUUCCGAGACUGUAACAGCUGGUAGUUUUCUGGGCCUUCUCUCCUGUUAACAGUCUAAGAGCGUCGGUACUUGAGGAAGAAGGACGGCACCGGGGGCCGUGCUGCGCGGCUGCUCGCCGAGUGGGCUUUGUGACCUUCCCGUGGCGUCCUGUGGGCUGCUUAACCUCUGAUUUAACUCUGGACAGCAGUGCCUUACAUUAAAGUUUUCUAUGAGCUCAUUAUUAUCUGAUGUAUUUUUCACUCGAAGACAUCAUGAAAAACCCCCCAUCUGCUGAGGUACUUUCAAAGCAUAUUCUUCGUAGGAACAGGAAUCGCCUUCCAAUCCAACCCUUAGCAAAAGUUAAAGGAUGCCAAGCCGAGAGGUUUUAAGAUGAGUACAAAUUCCCACCUUGUAAUAUUGGCAAAACAGUACUCUUAAAUUUAUGAGAAAUUUUAGCUUAGUUAUUAUGCAGGGAUUUAUAAAUAUAUUUGCUUCAAGGAAAUAAGGACCCAAACUGGUAUAACAGGUGCACCUUCAGACAUCUAAAUGAUGGCAACAGUUGACUUCUCUCAACACCUAAUGGCUGGCAUCACCGUUUUGCAUGUUAGCACUGGGCAAAGAAACAGUUCAUUAUUCAAAUACUCUCUGGAAUGGCAAAGUUUCAACCGCGCUUUGCCGCAAGCCUCCCAACCUCAGGCUCCAGGCCCUGCUGAUUCCUGGUAAGGCGGAGCCUCCUGGCGGCACGCACGUAGCUCGCCUAACGCGAGUUUUCUCAGUGAGGUACCUCACCAGCGCGCAGGAGCAGCCAGGGUGACAACACUGUGCCUGGGGUCCGUUCCAAACUGAAAUCACCAACGAGAAGCACAUUUUGGAAACGUGGGACUACAUAGAGCACAAAAGGACACCUGCUGACAGUCUGAGCUGAAACUAGAAGACAGCAUCCAGCAGCUCAGCACGGUCACUGCCCCCGGGGUGUCCACGAGCCACCGCAGAUGUGCUACACACGCCUGAUUUGGAGCUGCAAGUGUGCUUCGGUGGGCAGAUGUGCAGACGUGGCCUGAGACUAAAGACAGACCACUGCGCAUCGUUUCCAGAUUACAGUACUGGUGUUUACUUGACAGAGGAAAGGUUUUCAAAUUUAUUUUAAAUAGCUUACAAAGAAUAGUAAUUAUAUUUAGAGAACAUUUUUUUAAAAAUACAAGAUACACAGUUACACCACCAGCAAAAAGUUCUUCACUAAACAUAUUUAAAAGUAGAAGAAAGUUUACCUGAAAUAAAAGAAACAAUAAUCCUGGGAUUCAAUAAACUGCAGUCAACUUUUAA